AUGCUUGAAAACAAAUUACCUAUCACGAGCUUGGGAAUUAUUAAGAAAUUCCCACAAAUAGGCAGAACGAAUAUGUUUCUUUUUCAUGUUCAAGUGCUAAUAUUUAUCUUUUUUUUAUGGAAUUCUUCAAAUUCCAAUGAUAGUUCAUGUAAUAAAUUAUGUGACGAAAAACAUUGUGAGCUGAACAUUUUCAGUGUUAAAAAGUUUAGAGUUUUAACCGAGUAUGAUAGUUACGAUAGCGGAAGUCAGCCAAAUCUAUAUUCCUUAGAGGAUAUGGAAGAUGACGAAAGAGAAGAACGCUUACGAGAAUUGAUAUCUUAUUAUAAUGUGUUUUUAAAUUAUUAUCCAGAACUUAACACCAAAGACAAAAUUAUUAAAUUAAAAAAUCCUGAAUUAUCACAAACACGAAAUUAUUUAUCUAAUGGAAAAGAAAAUGUGUUACAAGUUAAUUCAUUACCUGAAAGAUCAUAUGAAUAUGACGAAGUAGACACCCUCGAGGACACGGAAGAAUUUGAAGAAUUUGAAAUUUUGAUUGAAACUCAACAUUUUGAAGAACCAGAUUAUCUGGAUGAGUUUCUUGAUUUGGAUAUAGACAUUGAGGAUAAAGAUCUAACGACACUUGAUGGAAUCUAUGAAGAAAUGAGUACGUUUAAACGUAAAUAUUUGGAAAUGAGGAAUAAAAUUAAUGCAUAUAUUAACAAUUUUAAGUGGAUUAGUGAAUUAAUUUAUGAUUACAUUCUUUUAUUUUCACCACUGAGUAUAUUAAUAUCCAUUUUCUUAUUACAUUUGUCAUCGCCAAAUGUUUUUAUUGCCACUAGUGUUGCGGCAUUGACAUUGUUUGUAUUAUAA